GAAAAUAGAUCGUUAGAAGAAGAUAACCAUCACGAGAAGUGAGCAGACUACAAAAUUCCUUUUACGGUUUACUGAUGUUUUGGUUGAAAGCUUAAAAUAGAGUCUCCCACAACUUGUCAAGCAAGUUUGCUUUUCAUUACAAUGCAGGAUCCAAAUGCAGAUACUGAAUGGAAUGAUGCCUUGCGUCGACAUGGUAUUUUGCCCCCUAAAGAGAAGGAAUUUACAGAGGAUGAAAUAGUAAAUAUUGUUGAAAAUACUGUUCAAGAGAAGUUAAGAGAUAGCAGCCAAAAAAAUCUGGAAGAUUUAUCGUUAGAUGAUUUGGAUUUGGUUGAAGAUGAAGAAGACGAAAGAGUGUUACUGGAGUACAGGAAGAAACGUCUCGCUGAAAUGAAAGAACUUGCCUCCAAAGAGAUUUUUGGGGAUGUAAGAGACAUAUCAGCUUCAGAUUAUGUGCAACAAGUUAAUAAAGCUGGUCCAGGCAUAUGGGUUGUUUUGCAUCUAUACAAACCAGUGGUACCUUUGUGUUGUAUGAUCAACAAUUAUUUAUGCACACUAUCAAAAAAAUUCCCUGCUGUAAAGUUUCUCAGAAGCCUCUCUGAUACUUGUAUCCAAAACUAUCCAGACAAGAAUCUACCAACCAUAUUUAUUUAUUAUGAAGGUGAACUUAAGGAGAAAUUUAUCGGAGCUGAAGCAUUUGGAAAUCUUAACUUCAAAUGUGAUGAGUUAGAAUGGAUGUUAUCUGAAGUGGGAGCUUUAAAAACCGACCUAGAAUGCAAUCCAAGGAAACAAAUUCAGGAUGUUCUUCUGUCCUCGUUAAGAAGUUCUGCUUAUUCAGAUGAUAAUGACUGGUAAUAAAAUUGUAAAUAUACCCAAAAUAAACA